CUCUCUCAGCUGCCCACGUCGACCAGCGCGAUUCAAGUGUUCGAAUUGGUGGCCGCGCUGGCGCCAAAAGACGUCCAAGAAAGCCUCGUGGCGCGUCUCUUCGCGCUGGACGGCACCAAGGAUAUCUCCGGCGUGACCAUUCUCAUCCCGCGGUCAGAUCCCCUCAGCACAGCGCCCUAUGGCUACGCGUCACUGGACAACUCCACGCGCAAGUACAACCAGGCGCUGUACGACGCGCUCAAGCUCAUGAACAGGGCGGGAAGCUCAAGCAAGGGCGAGUGGUCGACGGCCCUUCUGAACGUCUCUGCUAUCGUCGCCGGCACGCUGUCGGACAUCUGGAAGUUCUAGAUCGUCAAGCAGUACAUCCUUUUCGGC